GGUUGUAGCGGAGCCAGACGGAAGAUAGGGCCGAGUCCCCACUAAGACCCUACCCUUCCGCGGACCAGGAAAGCUGUGGGUAGGGGUUUGUCUCCGAACAGGGCGGGGUCUCAGCAAUGCGCAUGCGCCUUCCCAGUGUGAAGAUUGCACCGGGGGCAGUUGUGUGUGUGGAGAGUGAGAUCAAGGGAGAUGUCACUAUAGGCCCCCGGACGGUGAUUCACCCAAAGGCCCGGAUCAUUGCGGAAGCUGGACCGAUAGUGAUUGGGGAAGGGAACCUCAUCGAGGAGCAGGCGCUGAUCCUCAAUGGUUAUCCUGAAAACAUCAUCCCUGAUGUGGAGAACACAGAGCCCAAAUCCAUGAUCAUCGGCACCAAUAACGUGUUUGAAGUUGGCUGUUACUCUGAGGCCAUGAAGAUGGGAGACAACAACGUCAUCGAAUCCAAAGCUCACGUCGGGAGGAACGUGAUGCUGACGAGCGGCUGCAUCAUCGGGGCCUGCUGCAACCUGAACACGUUCGAGGUGAUCCCCGAGAACACGGUCAUCUACGGGGCCGACUGCCUCCGCCGGGUCCAGACUGAGAGGCCCCAGCCCCAAACCCUCCAGCUGGAUUUCCUGAUGAAGAUUUUGCCCAACUACCACCACCUCAAGAAGACCACGAAGGGGAGCACAGCCCCUGCCAAGAGCUGAGCUGGGGCCUCAGGAGGGCCUGGGUGGGGGGGGCAUUUCCUCUCCCCCACCCUCCACACUCACACUCCCUCCACCUCCAUGGCUCCCCUAAAGGCCCAGCUGUGUCCCAGACAGCUCCUCUGCCCCCUCCUCUACCCCCUGCUCCCAGCCUGAUCCGAGCAUUUGCCGGGAGGACAGGAUGCCUGGGGGCAGCCGAAGCUGGUUUCUUUGUAGCCACCCCAGGCCUCUGGGGUCCCGUGUGCCACCGGCCGUGCAGCCAGAGGGUGUCCUGGCCAUGCCCUUCCCUCUCUGCCUCCCUGGCACCUUCGGACCCCUUCUUGUAGCAGGUGGCCAGUACAGAAAUAAAGACGCCACACGGCGCAUUGUCUCCA